AUGAAGGCUCUUAGACGGAUUCAAACGAAGUCUUCUUUUCCAAAUCCUUCGUCUCCAUUGUUCUCUUCUCCUUCGUCUUCCUCUUCUCCGUGGACUCACUUGCGUUCUGCUCUUGUCCUUGUCACUUCUUCAUCUCCCGCAACUUCUUCCUCCAAUCCGAAUCGACUAAAAUCACCGUGGUCACGGUUUAAACGGAAAAAGCCCCUCACGCUUCGACGGUGGAGAAGUUUCUUCACCCCUGAAGGGAAAAUUCGGAACAGGGGUGUUGAUUUGUUGAAGAAAGUCCGGAGCAGAGGUAUUGAUCCUAGCAUCCGGUCAGAGGUGUGGCCGUUCCUUCUUGGAGUGUGUGAUUUCAAUAGUACCAAAGAAGAGAGAAGUGCUACAAGAACUCAGAGAAGAAAGGCGUAUGAGAGACUACGCAGGAAGUGCAAAAAGCUUCAAAGACAAGAAGACAGUGGCGACCUCGAGUUUAACAAGAUCAAUAAACCUUCUCAAGAUGGGAGGGGGAAUAAUGGUUGGUCUUUUGAUCAAGACACUGACAGUUCCUGUUCUGAUGAUGCUUGCAGCACUCACGAGUCUCUCUCUAGCGACAAAGACAUCACAGAAGAUAAUAUUGGGUACAUUUGUGACAGAGACUACACUGGCUCAACACAAGUGAACUCUGAGUCGUCAGACUCAGAUUCUUCAGAUGACAACAACUCUGUUCAAGUCUUUCCUUCAACUCAAGCGAAAGAUGAUGAAACCAGUACUUCUCCAUCAACCAUAUACAUCUCUCGCACCAAAGAAGAUUUCGUGACGUGGCAGCGUAUCAUCCGCCUAGACGCUCUCCGUGUGGACACAGAAUGGUUCCCAUAUUCACCAUCACAAGCAUUAGUAUCAGAGGACAAAGCACGUCGUGCUGCUGUAGCGGUUAGUCUAAAAGAUUACAAUCACUUGGAGCCUUGGAAGAUCUUUCACGCUGCACGUCUCGUUGCUAUUCUCGAAGCCUAUGCUUUACAUGACCCUGAGAUAGGGUAUUGCCAAGGAAUGAGUGAUCUCCUCUCCCCUAUACUCUCAGUCAUACAUGAAGACCACGAGGCCUUCUGGUGUUUCGUGGGGUUCAUGAAGAAGGCUCGUCAGAAUUUCAGAGUAGAUGAAGUUGGGAUCACAAGACAACUCAAUAUAGUUUCAAAGAUCAUCAAGUGCAAAGACUCGCAGCUGUACAAGCAUCUUGAGAAAGUCAAGGCAGAGGAUUGUUUCUUUGUUUACAGAAUGGUUCUUGUGAUGUUUAGAAGAGAGAUGACGCUGGAGCAGACGUUGUUUCUUUGGGAAGUGAUGUGGGCAGAACAAGCUGCUGUGAGAGGUGGGAUUGGGAAGUCUUCAUGGAGCAGUAGAAUAAAGCAUCAAGCUCCUCCUACAGAUGAUCUCUUGCUGUAUGUAAUAGCUGCUUCGGUGUUACAGAGGAGGAAAGUUAUAAUGGAGAAGCAUAACAGCAUGGAGAUACUGGAAGAGUGUCACAGUAUGGUUGGGAAACUAGACGUGUGGAAGCUCUUAGAUGAUGCACAUGACCUUAUUAUCACUCUUCACAACAAGAUUGAACAAUAUGAUCACAUAAGGUCAGAAUCAAAAUAGGCAUAUGAUUUUUUGUGUGGCGUGUUUGUUUCUCUACCUGAGUUUUUUAUUUGGAGAUAGAUGACUUGCUGCAUCUCCAUUUUCAGUUUUGUGUAAAAAGUUUUGUGCCGGGAAAGAGAAUUUUUCUCCGGUAAAUAUAAUAAUUGUUGAUUGCAUAGUUGGUCAGCAAUAAAUAGAGUAUAAUAUGUAUGAAUGG